GCUUGGCGUCAGCAGAAGCUAAAGCUCUUCUUUGUGCCGCGGCUCUCGCGAGAUCCUGGGGCCCGUAUAUAUUGAGCCGUCCAACUUUCCUCUCACACUUCGGUGCGUGUGCUGAGUUUGGACACUAUCCAGGGGAGAUGUCGCAGUAUUCUGGAAAGAUCGUGUUUUACGAGGGCCGCUGCUUCACCGGCCGCCGGCUCGAGGUCUUCGGAGACUGUGAUAACUUCCAGGACCGAGGCUUCAUGAACCGAGUGAACUCCAUCCGUGUGGAGAGCGGCGCCUGGAUCUGCUUCGAUCAUCCGGACUUCAAGGGUCAGCAGUACGUCCUGGAGCGAGGAGAGUACCCCGAGUUUCAGCGCUGGAACUCACACAACGACCACAUGGGCUCCUGCAGACCCGUCCGCAUGCACGGCGAGCACUACCGCAUGCAGCUGUUCGAGGGAUGUAACUACACCGGUCAGUGCAUGGAUCUGUGUGACGACUGUCCCUUCCUCCAGAGCCGAGGCUUCAACACCAACUGUGUGAACUCUGUGCGAGUGUUCGGAGACGGAGCAUGGGUGAUGUAUGAAGAGCCCAACUUCCGCGGACGCAUGUACAUCGUGGAGCGAGGUAAUUACUGCAGUCAUAACGAGUGGCAGGCGCAGAAUCCCAACAUCCAGUCCAUCCGCAGGAUCGUCAACUACUUCUAAACCCUCCAGCAUCCGUUUCUCUCUCAACAUGUAAAAUAAACUCAGAAUCACAAUCAAGAUGGUAUUUUAUCAC